AUGUCGCAAUGGAUAACACAGAGCAUUUCAACAACACGUCUAACACAUCUUCUAAACUUUAUUUCAACAAGGCCUAUUCAUCACGAUCUUUACGAUGUUAUCAAUGCAAUAAAGGAGCACAAUGGUGGUAGUGACUCCCAUCCAUUCCAACCAUCAUACUAUUUUUUGUACAAUAAUCUUAAUCAUUCUGUAAAAAAUCCACAAUAUCGUCCACCAUUCAACCGCUUACAAUAUUCACAUUAUCAUAAAAAAGAACGCACAACUGUACCUGCUCAUUCUCAAUCACCUGCUAUUCAACAAGUUAUUAAGCAACGCUUAACUCCUCAGACCGUUCCACGAACCAAUCCUUCGUUGAUCUUUGUUAAAAUCAAUGUCCAUGGCAUACCUUUACGUGCUAUGUUAGAUACCGGAGCUACUCGGUCGUUUAUCACCCAACGUGCACUUGCUAAAAUACAUCAUUACUCAUUACAGCCAUGUGAUCGUAUCGCCCAAUUAGGUGAUGGUCACACUAUGCUUAAGAUAGUGGGUGAAGUUCAUUUAUGGCUCAAAUUUGACCAGAUUUUUACACCUUUGAAUGUUCUCGUUGUCAAAAAUUUAAACACAGAUUUUAUACUUGUUUCUAUACGUUCAUCUACUGGCCGCAUAAUUAUUCCAUAUGAUGCAUCAAUUGAUUAUUUAACCUUGGAUGUAAAAUUAAUUAAUUCCGUCAAAAUACCUCCAUGUCAAUCAUGUACGGUUCAAGCAAAAGUCGAAUUAGCUUCAGCUGACACUGUUUAUUUUCACUCGGAUAUUGAUGAUCAACUUGAACAAUCUAUUAUACUAUCGCCAUCUUUACUACACAUCCAAAACUAUACAACAUAUUUAGAAAUAUAUAAUCCCAAUGAUUAUACUAAAACAGUACCAACGAAUACUCGUCUUGGUCGAGUAACGCAUGUGCCUCAUCAAACUGAUUCAUUCCCAUUGCCCGAUGCCGUUAAUUCGUUAUCCUCAUUCCAUCACUAUGUUAUUAACAGCGUUGAAAUUCAACCAGUUCUUUUUAGAUCACGGGAAAUCAUUGAUAAAUUAACUAAUCAUAUUAUUGAUUCUGAUGAAAGAAGACAAAUUCGUGCUAUUCUACAACAACAUGCGAAAUUGUUCGAUAUAUCACAAGUUACACAAGCAAAUACACCCAUUCAACACACGAUUAAUACUGGUGAUAGUCUUCCAAUCAGUUCUCGGCCAUAUUCACGAACAAUCCAACAACGAUCUGAUCUUCAAAAUGAAAUUCAUAAAAUGUUACAAGCACAUCAAAUUCGACCUUCUAAUUCGCCAUGGUCACCUCCAGUUAUUAUUCAUAAAAAGAAAGAUGGUGG